AUGACUGCAGCUGUUUCUGCUGUACAAUGCGAACCAGAUUUGGGGGGUAUUUUGGAGAAUAUACUGGUUUUUGGUAUUUCUUGGUGCGGCAUUCAUGCCAUUAAUGGAAAAUAUUUGCCAAAUACCGAAUUUAUCUUUAAUUUUGGCAAUUGGCAGCUGGUGAAGGCGGGAAAUGACCUCGUCCUGGUAAUUAGCCGAUGUGGCUCCAGAGCUGGUGUUUUUGGUGUUUAG